AUGGCUAAACCAAUUCCACCACAUCUCAAUCAAAGUAGGUUGAAGACUACUUUGAAAAUGGCAAUUAGUAAACUUAAAUUUGUUCAAGAGAAGAAAACAGCAAUAACUAAACAACAACGACGUCAAUUAUCAGAAUUAUUAUCUCAAGGUAAAGAAUCAAGUGCAAAAAUCAGGGUUGAAAAUAUAAUUCGUGAUGAUAUUUAUAUUGAAUUGUUGGAAUAUUUAGAAUUAUAUUGUGAAUUAUUAUUAGCAAGAUUAGCAAUUUUAAUUGAUAGACCAACUUGUGAAACUAAUUUAUUAGAAGCGGUCAGUAGUAUUAUAUAUUCCGCUAAUCACACUGAAUUAAAAGAAUUAGUUCAAAUUAAAGAUAUUUUAAUGUUUAAAUAUGGUAAUGAAUUUCUGCAAUCUGUAUUGGAAAAUAGAGAAAGCCAAGUACCUGAAAAGAUUGUUAAACGAUGUGAUAUUGAACCACCUAGUGAUGUUUUAGUUGAUUUAUAUUUAUGUGAGAUUGCUAAAGCAUAUAGUGUUCCAUACAGUGGAUUAAGUUCAUUUGAUAAUGACGAUGAAUGUGAGCAUGAUGUUGAUGACGAUGACGAUAAAAGUGAUGGUGAAGGUGGUACAAAAGAAUUGGCUGAACCUAUUGGUGAAUUGGCCGAUAAACCAAGUGUAAAGAAACUGGAACCAAAGCCUAAAUUGAAAGAUCAAGAUGAAUUUGAUGCCUUGAGAGCAAGGUUUGCAGCAUUGAAAGGGACAACUCCAUAG